UCGACAUCGCGUGCCUCCUUCCUUCCGUUUCUUCUGUUUGCUUGCUUUCUGAAGUCAACAUGUGGGAUCCGGAACUGGAGAUGAUGAGUGCUCUCGCGCUAUACUUUGCGUUCGAUGAUGACGACAAACAACCGCCGCGCAAGAGAAGAGUUUGGGUUAAGCCGUGGCUCUCAAGGCGAAAGGCACAGGGGUGCUAUGAAAAUCUAAUGCGAGAGUUGACCCUCGAGGACGCGGAAUCGUAUCGGAGCUGGAUCCGCAUGGAUACCAACACGUUCGAGGAGCUACUCUCCCUGGUCCGUCCUCACAUAUCAAAACAGGACACUAACUUCCGACAGGCAAUUUGUGCAGGGGAGCGUCUUGCGAUCACCCUCAGGCACUUAGCAACAGGUGAAACACACAAAUCCCUGGAAUUCCAAUUCAGAGUUGCCCACAAUACUAUAUCUUUGAUGGUGCAUGAGGUAUGCAAGGCAAUCUUCGAAGUGCUGUGUGACAGAUACUUGAAGGUGCCACAAGGGCAGGAAGAGUGGUGCAAAGUGGCCAGUCAGUUCUAUGAGCUCUGGCAGUACCCAAACUGUAUUGGUGCUCUCGAUGGCAAGCAUGUCGUCAUUGCUCCUCCUCCACGUACUGGGGCCUUGUACCGGAACUACAAGAGCACUUUCAGCAUUGUGUUGAUGGCCCUUGUGGAUGCCGACUUGAGGUUCUUGUAUGUGGACGUAGGUAGAAAUGGUCGUAUGAACGACAGCAGUGUUUGGGGCCAGUCAAAAAUGCGAUCAGCCAUUGAGAGUGGACAGCUAGGUAUACCAGGCCCAAAGACAUUGCCUGCAUCUACGAGUAGCACACCUUUCGUCAUUGUUGGAGAUGAAGGUUUCGGCCUAAAACCCUACCUGAUGAGGCCGUACGGUGCAAAGGACCUGAAUGAUGAAAAAAGGAUUUUCAACUACAGGCUCUCCCGUGCACGACGGGUGUCCGAGAACGCCUUUGGGAUACUGGCGAACCGCUGGCGUAUAUAUCAAUCUCCACUGAAGCACGACCCUGAAAAAUGUUGUGCGAUGGUGAAGGCUACUGUGGUUCUGCACAAUUUCUUGAGGUGCAAGACGACUGCGAGAGUACGCUACACGCCGCCAGGAAGUCUUGACGUGGAAGAUGUCGUUGCAGGCACACUACGCAAGGGAUCGUGGCGGAACGAGGGAGAUCCCCUUGAUGACUUUCGCAGUGGCGGAGGCAUGAACUGCACGACAGAUGCAAAGGCAAUCCGGGAUACCUUCAAGCAGUACUUCAACAAUGAAGGGCAAGUCAGUUGGCAGCACAAAAUGAUAUGAACUGACCUGCUGGGGGUGGGGGUGUCUUCCAGAAUUGGACUACCACCUAUAGGGCUGCUAUCCAUAGUGCCACCAGCUACAGGGCUACUGCUGCUGCUGCUGUCAAAAACUUCUGUCUCACUCCGACAAUCCUGUAACUAUUAAAUUGAAUGUUGUUAGCACA